CGCCCGCCCUCGCCCUCCGCGCCUGCGGCCACGAUGAACCGCAGCGGCAGUAGCCCCUCGGCCGCGACCAACUACCUGCUCUGCACCAACUGCCGGAAAGUGCUGCGGAAGGACAAAAGAAUCAGAGUAUCUCAGCCCUUGACACGAGGACCAAGUGCCUUUAUUCCAGAGAAGGAUGUUGUCCAAGCAAACACAGUAGAUGAACGCACCAACUUUCUUGUGGAAGAAUACUCAACGUCCGGCCGCCUGGACAACAUCACACAGGUCAUGAGUCUGCACACCCAGUACCUGGAGUCUUUCUUGAGGAGCCAGUUUUACAUGCUGCGCAUGGAUGGGCCCCUUCCUCUCCCUCACAGGCACUAUAUCGCCAUCAUGGCUGCAGCUAGGCAUCAGUGUUCUUAUUUAAUAAACAUGCACGUGGAUGAGUUUUUAAAGACCGGCGGUAUGGCCGAGUGGCUGAAUGGUUUGGAAUAUGUACCACAAAGACUGAGAAACCUUAAUGACAUAAAUAAGCUGCUAGCACACCGGCCCUGGCUGAUCACAAAAGAGCACAUUCAGAAACUUGUCAAAACUGGAGAAAAUAAUUGGUCUCUGCCAGAACUGGUACAUGCUGUGGUCCUUCUGACACAUUAUCAUGCCCUGGCAAGCUUUGUGUUUGGGAGUGGCAUCAAUCCAGAAAGAAAUCCGGAAAUCUCCAAUGGAUUCAGGCUAAUAGCAGUCAACAAUUUUUGCGUCUGUGAUCUCGCCAACGACAACAACAUUGAGAAUGCAUCCCUUACAAGCAGCAACUUUCGGAUUGUGGGUUCACUAAGCGAGCUGGAGGCCUUAAUGGACAGGAUGAAGAGACUUCAAGAAGAAAGGGGAGAUGAAGAGGCUUCUCAGGAAGAAAUGACCACUCGUUUCGAGAAGGAGAAGAAAGAACGGCUGUUUGUGGUGGCUGGAGAUACUUUUCACUCAUUUCCUCUUUCAGAUUUUGAAGAGGACAUGGUUGUGACAUCAGAUGUCUCCCGAUAUAUUGAAGACCCCGGCUAUGGGUAUGAGGACUUUGCCCGACGAGGGGAAGAGCAUUUACCAACAUUCCGAGCUCAGGACUACACUUGGGAAAACCAUGGGUUCUCCCUGGUGAACAGACUUUAUUCUGACAUUGGACAUCUUCUGGAUGAAAAGUUCCGGAUGGUCUACAAUCUCACCUAUAACACUAUGGCCACCCACGAGGAUGUCGACACAACCAUGCUGCGCCGAGCUUUAUUUAACUAUGUUCACUGUAUGUUUGGAAUCAGGUAUGAUGACUACGAUUAUGGAGAAGUUAAUCAAUUACUUGAACGAAGCCUGAAGGUUUACAUUAAGACAGUGACCUGCUAUCCUGAGAGAACUACAAAGCGCAUGUAUGACAGUUACUGGCAUCAGUUCAAACACUCAGAGAAGGUCCACGUAAACUUACUGCUAAUGGAGGCACGGAUGCAAGCGGAGCUUCUGUACGCUCUUCGGGCCAUCACCCGGCAUCUGACCUGAGGGUCCCCAGGGACCGAGCCGUCGAUGUCGUAUGCUCUGCGAGACCGUUUCACAUCCGAGAGGCAUCAGAAGCUGUUUGUGAUGUAGCAUCAAAAAUUAUCCAAUGCUCUAGUGUCAAAGUUUAGCCGGUUUUGUUUGCGGCCGUAAUGUGCAAUGAUGUGUUUUUUUGUUGUUUAUUUUUUCUUGAUGCUUAACAUUACUAACAACUGCAGAAACAGUACUGAGGAGCACUGCUUUGCAUCGUGUCUAGUGGGAGUGUAGACUGACCAUAAAUCAUGAACCUGGUUUGUUAAUGCUUAACUUCAGCGUUGUUGGGUCUGUGUGUUUGUGUACUUCUCUUUUUAUCCCUUCUUCACUUUGGGUUUUUGCUUGUGUUUCUGUUUUUUGUUUUUAAGUUAAAAAGCAAAAAACAAACAGGAAAGGAAAAAAAAGAAUGCGCUUACAAUCUGUUCGACUUUCAGAUGUUGGAAUUUAACUCCGAAUGGGCCCCCUGGCCACGGUAAAGUGGUAAUGCUGUGUCCUAAAUCUGGUAGAGGAGAGGCAUGCGCUGUUGGACCAAGCUGCUCAACAGACACAUCUGUGUCCCCAGGAGAUUUAUUUGUCAGGCACUGUUUUCCUUUUGUUUUCCUUUCAUUUUGUUUGGUUUUGACUUCUGUCGACAAUAACGUGAAAUGUGAUACAGCCAUUGUCCAUACUUUAAUGUGAAAUUAAUCAUGAUGAUUCUGUAGCAUGCUACUGAAAUGCCAAAUUAGCUAUUUUCUUUCUCUUCUGAAACAAGUGUCAGCGUUCCAUAUCAGAUGCACAUAUUAGAAGUGGAGUUGUGCACAAUCCUCCCUGCACUGACGUAACCCUCAGCCCCCCUCUGUUACCCAUAAGCACACGCAGUCCUGCUCACAGCUCACCCGGCUGGUCCUUGUCAGACUGCGCCCACACAAGACAGACCAAAAAGUUUCCUUGCACAUUUUUUCUUUCUCCUAGCUGUUUUUUUUCCUUUCUUUCUUCUCCUCCUUUAUUCUUUUUCUUUCUACAUUUUAAGCAAAGGAAGGUUAAAAUGCCUAUAUUUUUCCUGUUAGGCUUUUAGAAAUGACAUACCAUAAUUUCCUGCUUAUAGUCAAUUAAACCGUUUAUUAUUCAAAGGGAGACAUUGUGUUUCUAUGCAUCGGUGGGUGGAACAGCAGAGCAACAACAAUGCAAAGAGUGCAAUACGUGGAGAGAAAUGCAUAAUUCUUCUCCCCUGGCUUUGCCACUGCAGAAGUCUUUCUGAAUUUAGCCAUAAAGAAAUUUUGUUCAAAUUUGAACAAAAUUUCUUUAUUGCACAAAGAUAUUGUUUUGUGUUUCCUCCCCCUUCUUUAUUUUUCAUUUCUAACUUCCUGCCUGGGUUUAAACAACAUUUUAUUUUCAUAAUGCCAAAGCAGCCCCUUGCCCAGAAAAAUCUCUUUAGACAGCUGGUUAAAAAGUCAUAGGGGAAGAAGAAAAAGUGGCCAAAAAGUCACAUUUUUGCAUUGGUUUCUAUUGCUUGAUUAGACUAUUCUCAGAGAGCACAACACAAUGUGUUUAUAGCUUUAAUUUAUAUUUUGUUCAUGAAACAGUGAAGUGCCUAAAGAGACGCUUACAAGGACCCAGUAAGACACAAGACUGCACUGCUGGGACACGGAAGCUAAUCGAGGGUGACUUGACUUUACACGUGCAUGCUAAUAUUUAAAACGACCCCACACAGUAAACAGUAUACCGGUAGCUAAGAUUUUCCAUUGGAGACCCGCAAUGAUUUCAUUCAGACUUGGUUGUUACUUAAGACUCGUUUACUCUCUUAAAAGAAACGUGGAUUCGUUUUGUUCAGUCAUUUUGGUCAUUCCUUUCUGGUAGAACACAUUAGGGUGCUUCCUUUCAGAUCUUGUUCCAGAUAAGGAAAAAGAAAGAUGAUUGAUUAUACAUCUAUUACUGUAAGGUAUUUCUGCAUUGUUUUCAAUUCCAGGAUCUUAUUUGAAAUCUUCAUGUGAGGGGGGGGGGGAUCACUAAUAUUUUUUGAGGGACAGGGUAGUUUAUUUCAAGAGAUUAUUUAAAGAACUUAUGCCAGAUCUCUUCUGGGUUUUUUUCCAUUGCACAUACUCUCUAUUGAUGUAGUCCAAUAUCACGUUAUACUGGUAAUGAAUCAAGUACAAAGAAAGUAUUUAGGAGAAAGGCAAAAAACUUAGACAGCAACGUAAAUGUCCAUUUGAUUUCCUAACGUCAGGACUUCCAAGUUGAGGUUAUCUUUAUUUUUGACAUUUGCUUUUAAACUAGAUUUCUUUCAGUGAGUAGUUGGAUGUAUUUUUGUGCAGGUGAACGGGAUGACAGGCUGAAAAAUGACUUUGACAUACUUUGGAAAAGGAGGAGCAGUGCUCAUAGAACACCAUAUGAGCUCUUUACCAAAACGGGAAACAAGGUUUCAGUAACGAAAAGGCCACCUAGCUUGUGCUGUGCAUGUGUUGUUUUUCUUUCCUUUCCUUUUUCUUUUUUUUCCAUUCCUCCUCCAGAAUAGAACUGGCUGGGAUGUGGGUUCUGGAACUGUUUAGUGCCUUCACUAGAUCUCUUUCCUAGCUGCAUUUCUUUCGAGCUCAGCAUUGGUCUCGUCAAGAAUCAGGAAACUUAAAUUGACUUGGAACUAGACACAAAAACAAUUGUAUUUGUGAAUCUCUGAACCUGCCUAGAAAAAUCGAUGUCUGCUGGUGCAAAAGCACCCUAAGACGCAGCGUGCACAGCAUGCCAGGUUUUGAAUACCAUUUCGCAGCGAGUUUGCUGUUCAACCCCUCUCUCUGAUGCAAACUUGAAGUUCUAAUGCGGUUUCCCAGGGUGGUGUUUUUCAAGAGUAUUGAAUUAAUAUGUAGUCAUUUAUAGUAUAGCCUUUUAUAUUCAAAUGUGCUAUUUUUUAAACGAGUUGUCUGGUUCAAUUCGUGUGACGGUAAGAUUAUACGACACGCUAACCUUCACCGUGGGCUCACAUUGUGCCAAACUUAAAUGUGCAAGUGUCACAUUCAGUAGCACGUGUGAAUGUGACUCCUUUAUCUUCGUUGCUUAUCACGUGACAGGUUGUGUAGUAAUCCACUGAUGUCUGUCCUGGAGUGAUGUCUGGGUACUGGUUCUUGCUGGAAGAACACGUUCUCCGGCUUCAAUUGUAAUUCUUGAUUUCGCAGAUCACCUUAAGAACUAGCGGAGCCGUCUCCCAUCCAAAAGUAAAUCUGCUCCUUAGCCUGAUCACUCAAGUGAGAAUUUGGCCCGGCACAUGGCUCACUGGACCCUUCACAUUAGGUGUCCGCAGGGAGACUCUUCGCGAUGAAGGAAGCCCGAGGCAGGACUUCUUACUACCUUCUUCACCUGUUAGAAUGAAGAAUAUUUUCCCAGUCUCAGGAAGACUCUUUGUCCCAUUUGGGAAAUUUUAAAAUAAAAGAAACUAAGGUAGAUUCUGACCUCGAAAACCCAAAGGGGAAGUUCUACUCUGACUGCAGGGUCUCCGUGAGUUGGAAUGGACGAGGUGACCGCAAGCGGGCAUGGAAUCGGGACAUGGGCUUGCCCUUCCUCACGGCUCUAAACCAAGGGAAGAGCACCAUGGGGCUGUGGCAGAAUAGAAGGCUCACCCUGAGCUCCACAUCGAAUCACACUUGAACCAGACCCUGCUUUCAUUGUCUUAGGGUAUUGCCUAGUGAGUUUAAUCAUCCACAGCCGCCGCUGCUUCCUUGUCUUUAUAGAGUUUGGAGAUUGGGGUACAGGGGGGAUACUGGCUUAGGAUUUUAUCCACAAGAAAAUAAAGUUAUCAGCAAACAAGGACAUCUACAAAUAGUUCCAUUUUUGUUCCAAAUGCAUUCAUAUGUGAUGGUAUGAGUCUUUUAAGUUCUAAGGGCAAUUAGUCAGUGGAAAGUGGUUCAGUGCAUGUUACAGAAAUGCACUGCGACAGUAAACUGAGGUCUCAUUUUGUACUUAGCUGUGUUUUAAAACAACUCUACAUACUGUCUGUUGAGAGCAAGACCUUAAACCCUUCUCUUUAUUCUGGAAGAGGACUUUUUCUUCUUUUAUGCAAACCAGUGGUCUUGCCUGGAUCAAGAAGUAUGCAAUAGGCAAUUUAUGUUACAUAAAUAGGAUAUGAAAUGUUCUUAAUAACAUGUAGUUCAACAGCAAAUUGAAAGACAUGUGGCUCCUCUGUUCAAAUUGAAUUUUAAUUUAGGUGAUUUGUACAAUAAGAACUUAAUCUAGGUGGUUGUCUGCAUAAACCGUUUCUCUGUUUUACCCCUCUGAAGACUGAAGAAUCAAAUUAAGUCAUCAUUCUUCAAAGCAGUACUGUAACAUGAAUGUAUUUAUCUCCGUCAACAGAGCUGAAAUGCCCACGGCUCAGUGGGGCGAAAUUCAAUGCGAGUCUGCCAUCCUUUGCAGGGUUCUGCCCAGGUGAGACCUGGAACAGAAAUCGCCUGGGGUGAAACGGAUAUAGAAGUAGAGGUAUAGAUGGAGGCAGAGCCCUGUAGGGAAGAAAAGUUCUCAAAGAACCCAUGGGGCAUCAUUCUGAGAGGGUGGCUGUCCUCAUACCUGCUCAGACGUGGGAGCUCCUAACCUGCAUCCAGCCCACCCUCUCUAGCCUGCUUUCUCUUCCUCCCAAGUGCCUCAACCUCUACAUAUCCUCUCGCCUCCCCCUCCCUUAGCCAAUCCUGGUCUGUAUGCCUUUCAGAGUCCAAACCAAACAUCACCAGCCACCUGCUGAUAGUCACCAGCAUUCGUGUGUCUGAGGUAGUUUUUCUCCAUCCAUUAAGAAUAUGGCUUCAUCAUGGUCCCCUAUGAGCCCCUCCCCCACCACAUUUCUUUUGGCCACCCCUUAGCCCAGACAACAGAUGUUAACUCAGCACCAGUGUCGUUCUUGUCCAUCACAUACCAUUGUACUCUGUUCCCAGCUGCCAAAAUAUCUUUGUUAUCCUCUACCUCAUCCCAAAGAGCCUGUAAAUGUUGAGUAUCCAAUCUUUUCAUGGAUUUACUCUCUCUCGUUCACUCAUACUACUUCCAUAUUUUAAAGAAAUCAUUAAAAAAGAUUUUUGCCUUCUAUCAAAGUAGAAAUCUUUAUAUUUAUAUGUGAUUGAGAAAUUGAACUAUUUCUACCAUGCAGAAUUUAGCACUUAACCAGAUUUUAAAGUGAGUGAAUUGCCAUUCUAACUUCGAUCUAUAUUAGGUUAUGAAUAUUGAUGUUAACCCAAGUUAUCUGAAUGUAAAGUUAUAAUUCCCUGGCAAUCCAGAUUGAUCUAUCUAUAGCCCUUCCAUGGAACCGGCAAUUCCUGUUAUCCAAAUGAAUGCUGUUUCAGACAGCUUUAUUAAAGCUGGGACCUCGACACACAUUUUAAGACAAGGACCCGUAUGAAAAGUAGUGUUUAGCUGCCCCCACCCCCACCCCCAUCCCAACCAGAACACAGAAGCCCAUUUGACCUACAGGAAGGAUAAAAUACCACAAAAUUAGAUGCAUGGGGUUAGAUCAGGCUUUCCCAUGUUAGACUGGGACUCUAACCCUGAUUUCCCCCAUUCCCUUGGGGAGGGAAAAGCAAGUACUCUGGCAUGAAAGGGGAGUGUGCAUCGCCUCUGUACGCUUAGCCCCCUGGGAGGCCGCGUGUACUGUAGAUGCAGCCAGACAGAGUGGCUAUGGAGCUGGGAAGGGAGAAAGGCCAGCCUGUCUUCCCCAGCCAAUGUGCACUAAAUGUUCAUAGAUGGCAAAGAGCUUCUCAGUCGGUUUCCUACCACGGGGAGGGUUUAUCUGCAGGUGGCUGUUGGCCCUGACGAUAAAUCACAGCCCUGUUUGAAAGUGUAGCGUAGUGUGAGCUGCAGUCGCGUUUGUUUGGACGUCUCCAUUUUCAUUCGUGGCCAACCCAGCCUGACAGCAGAGCCAGAGUCAGCGUGUCAGAUGCCUUGGAGGGCUGGGAGGGAGGUGAUGGCCUAUUAGAGAUGAGCCUUCAUCACGGAGGUAAGGCAGUCUUUAGUACAUUACGCCAAGAAGCAUUCAUUCUAGUCUUAGCCUAGUUAUGACAGUCCCACCAUAAAGUAGAGAAACGAAAGAGAACAAACGUUGAGGGUGGGGAGAGGAAACAGUAAGCAGUGAGUCUCCUCCGAAUGUAGGGACAUCUCUGCCAGAAGACCCCGCACCCUCAACGGUCAUCUUUAGAACAAGUGCCCCUGUGACAGCUCGUAGGACAACAGUGAACACUGGUCGGUCUGAUGAUGAAAAAUAGAAUUGUUUGGUCUGUAAAUUUUCCUAAAGUCGUCUUAUUUUAUUGCCUCCUCCAUUGAGCCUCUUAAAAAUGAAUGUAUAAUUUCUACAGAAAGGAGAGAGCUAAAGCGAGUGUGAGAACACUGGUCUUUAAUCCUUCACCAUUAGUCCUGAGCCCUGAUCAGUUAAGUACAUGCAUUGUGAUACAUACUGAAGGACAGUGAGUAUAUAGCGCUACUUAAUCAGACGCCUGUCUCCGAUAAGGCCAGGUCACGUGGUGGGAUAAAGCAAACCUGUCGGUUGGUUGGAUGUAGAAGUUUCCUUCCUUUAUAAUGUUGAGAGACUGUUUCUCUCCUUUCCAAAUUUCACUGGUUCUCUGAACCCUAAGUUCAGAGUUAAACGGUACCCUUGUCCAGCAAGGACAGUGAUCCGAAACAUUCUAGCGCAAAUCUUUUCCUUUGCAUCCAUCUCUCUUUUCUGCAAAGAUGUCAGUUUCAUCAUCCUCUUUCUUUUCACCUCUACGCUUUUCACCCUGAAACAAGACAGACACAGAAAACAAACCAUAUCCUAGUUUGGCAUCUUCUCAAUGCUAGUAGAAUAGGCGCGUCCACAUGCAGCCUGAGGAAGGCAAGGCAAGCAAGCGGUCUGGCCAGUCAACUGGGAGCAUGCCCUUGCUCAGAUUAGGUCCUUCAAACCGGAAAAUAGCUUUCCUGGUCAUGGAAGAACUGGAUGUAUCCUUUAGCUAAUGAAAUAGGAUUCGAACUUGAAAUCUUUUUUUGAAACCCUGAUUUUUGCAGGGCAGCUACAUAAUGAAUGUAUAUAUUAAGAGUCUGUAGCUGAAUUGCACACAAAAUCAGAUUGCCAACUCUUGACUUUCAGUUUUAGACGUCAUUUUAUCCUUACGUUGUGAGCGAUAUAUGUAGCAUGCUGUGAAACGUCUAUUAUAGUUCUUUAAUUCAUCAGUAUUAAUACAGAAUUAUCUUUUGUGUUCCUUGGUACUCUUUAUUCAAUGUAAUCAGAAGCUGUGAUGUUUUGCCUUGGCAGUCCUGUGCUUUGUUACUGUAACUUUUUUGUUGUUGAACUUUUUCACAAAGCACGUGACUUUGGACUGAUGUGAGGCGGAUGACGUGAUCUUUUAAGACUGCUAUAUGUAUCAGUCUCUUACUAUAUAAGAUUUUAAAUUAGAAUAAGCUUUUAUCACUAGAUCAUUGAUGCAAUUUAGGGUUCACACAAGCUCCCGUGUCAACCGGUGGUCUUGUAUUUGUAGUUUCAAUUCUGAAAAUAGCAAACUUGAUCAACAGCCACUUUAAACUUUGUUCUGGCAAACCAGACUCUGCUGUAGAUGUAGUGUGAGGUAGUUAACCACCUAAGCCUUCUCCACUUUACACCCUCCCUGUGAGUCAGCAGUUUUGGGGUUUUUUUGGUAUAAGUAGGUUUUGUUUUUCUUAUGUUGCUGAUGUCACGAUUCUGACUAAAGCUGACCUGAAUGGAUCAGUUUUUGUGUACUAUUCUAGGACUUUAAUGCUUUUUUUUUUUUUUAGGGAUGGGUAAUAUUAUUUGAACAGAUGCAGAAGGAACUGUUAGUGAAUCAAGACAAAACACAUUGGAAAUAAAGGAACUGUAUUAACAUGUUAACAAUUCAUACUGCACUUUUUAUGACAUUUUGAAAAUCUAUUUAUAGGUACAGAACAAUGGGUUUUGUUAAACUGUAUCACAUUUAUACUUGCAGAAAUUUAUUUCAUUGUUAUUAGUAGGAAUUUUAUUGGUUCAAUAAAAUUGGCAAACCUGAAUCCUGA